UUUGAGGUCUCCUUUUGUAGAAACCACCCACAUUUCACUCCAGCCUGUGCAAGAUUGCCUUUAGAGAUCAGUGGACUCGGAACACCACUCUCAAGCUAAUGCCACCAAGCUCUGAACAUGUGAUUUACAAAGAGCCAUAGAGUCUGGGUGCAUGUACAGACCACAGAGAGUCAGCUUUCAGCCCCCUCUCCCCAUGUCAGAGACUGUGGUGGGUGACCCUGCUCGGACACCCCUUGCGGGAGGGGGUGAGAAGAUGCAGCACCAAGGUCUCAGGCACUGGGAGUCGGUGUCUGAAACAGUGCAUGUCAUGGAAAGGCAUCUGAGGAGUCAGGAGCUUUCUCCAACCAGAAAAAUCCAUCCUGUGAUCCAUCAAGGCAAAUAUGGAUGGUCUUCCCACAGAGGGAGCAGCACUUACCAACAUCAGCCUGAGAUGAAGUCUUCAGAAAUGAGCGAGCUGAAAAAUAAAACCAUCCUGGUAAAUACUUUGUGGACCAUGGCUAAAGAGCAGCCAGAAACAGCACUCCCUGGGCACACUGCAGUCCCAACCUCAGCUUCCGGCUUCACUCCUUCCUGCCAAACACCAGAUUGUGACCUUCUAGUGGGCAAGAGCUUCACUGUGGUGGAUGGAAUGGAUCCGAGAUGGAUAAAGAAACCACAGGACAUUGCAAGCAUCCAGUUUGAUGCAGCAAGGCAAGGUGUGAAGCUUCUGGGUCCAGAAAAGCUACUGAAAAACAUAGAACUCAUUCUUCAUUACAAGCCAACUUCUGACCCUAAACAUUCUGUUUUCCUACCUUAGAGACUGUAUCCUGACUUUGUCGUAGCAAGAGUAUCAUGGGAUCUUGUAAAGUGGGUUUGAAGGAGGGUAGGGACAUGGGGACAAUUUAUGUAUCAUUCAAAGUACAGCCAAAGAAUGAAGC